UUUGUGGAUAAUUUGUGGAUAAUAAUUUCGAUACAGGAAACAACGGAACCAUCACCAGAACCUACUGCGAGAGAAACUGAAGCAGAAACGUAUGUUACAGAGACCGAGAUUACAAAAGCGGAAGUUAAACCUAUACCUUUUGAACCACCUCGUUUGAAGAAAGGUAUUAUUGCGUUGUGGCGCGCGCGUUGUAUCACACCGUACAAUCCUGAUUUAUUACCACCUGAACCAAUACCUUUGCAAGAGGAGAUAUCUGUAGAUUCACUAAUAGAUAAGUGUUCAGAGGAUUUAUCAAUAGCACCAGAACAAUUCUUGAAAUAUGAAGACGAAUACGAAGGUGAAGGAGAAAUCUAUUACGAGGAAGAUUAUCCUAUACCAUCUGCUAAAUUAACUUAAUUAGAAGAAUCAAAUAUGAAUAUAAUUUCUUCCCCUAAUGCGUUAAUUUGAUAAAGAAUUAAAUAUUUAUAUAGCUCGAUUUCAAUGUUUAAAAAUUUUAUAUAAUUUAAUAUAUCUUAUUAUUUGUGUCUUUCAAUAAAGAGAAAAAAAUUGUAAUAAAUCCUUGUAAAAAUUCAUUGUUCGCGAAAAUAAAAUUUAUCUUAUUU